AGAAGCGGUGGAGCGCCUGUUCGAUCGAGGUACACUCUUUUCCCAUACUGCACCGCGCGCCCACGGGACACUGUGCAGCGUUGUUUUUUUACACCAAUGUACGAGCCUCGACGAGGUAAAACCUUCCAACGCAUCACACCCGAACAUUAUCGUUGUAAUAACGUGUCUGUGUGACAUAUUUGUGCGCGCAGACGAUUUGACGCGUAAUUAUAAUUUACGAGGUGCGAUGCCAACGUGUACAAUCUUUUCCUUUCGUCGGUUACAGGAUCGUACUUGGUUCCGCCGUCACGUGCCAUUUCAUCUGACAUCUGUCAAGACGCCUAUUCUCAGCUUGUACUUGUUCAUGACGCUGACAGCCCCUUUAAUGUGGUACAUCGCUGUAACGCCGAUCACAUAUUUAAGAAUGCCAGAGCCGAAGGGUCAUUCUCACGCUUUGUUCGCCUCGCCAAACAACGGCAGUGUGGCGAAGGAUUUGCUGCGGAUCAUGUUGUGGACCAGAUCCUCUCCUAUUUGGAUCCUGCAGCUCAAUGAUUCGAGAAACACCGAAAUAGUGCUGAAAGACUGCCCUGCCGAGUGCCUCGUCACGAAUGACCGACGCCUGAUAGAGUAUACCGACGCCGUCGUUUUCCAUACGCGCACCCUCGAUAUGGCGGACCUUCCGCCGAAGCGCUUCAGCUGGCAGAAAUGGGUCUUCUUCGUGUUGGAAUCGCCACCACACACCCGAUUCACAGACUUCCAUAUCACGUACCAUAUGUUCAACUGGACCAUGACGUACAGAAGAGACUCGGACGUUUACGCGCCCUACGGUCGGAUUGUGCCUCGUGAUGCCUUCACUACGACCACGAAGAGAGAUUUGAGGGCCCUCUGGAAGUCUAAGAACAAAACCGCCGUGUGGAUGGUCAGCAACUGCCGCACCAUCGGCCGAAGAGAAUAUUACGUGGCUAAACUAAGGAGAUACGUGGACGUUGACACGUACGGUCGCUGUGGUCAACACCGGUGCCCGAAGUCCCGAGGUGAUUCCUGUUACGCGGACUUGGAGCGCACCUAUUUCUACAUACUCGCAUUUGAAAACUCGAUAUGCGUGGAGUACGUCACCGAGAAGCUCUAUAACGCACUUAGGCACGACAUCAUACCAGUCGUGUUCGGCGGCGCAAAUUACAGCCAAGUCGCUCCCCGCAAUUCUUAUAUCGACGCCCUUUCGUUCAAAUCUCCCAGGCAUCUCGCCAAGUACCUGAUCAAGCUAUCGAAGAACUACACGGAGUACGCCGCUUACUACACCUGGAAAGAUCAUUACUAUGUUCCUCCGAGUCCGGAACCAUACUGCGAGCUUUGCAAAAAGCUGCAAAGCCGUGCCGAACUUCAGCGGACUUCGUCGUACGGCGACUUGAAAUCGUGGUGGUUUGACAAGGCCAAUUGCCGGAGUUGGUACGGGAGAAAAGUUUCACGACCGAACUCAACAGCAGUGAAAAGAAAAAAAUCAAUGAGUAGGCGCAAGUUAAUCACGAGACGGUAGAAGCCAAAGAAAAAAGUUUUGACUCCGCCGCCUAUCGACUUGUUUGAAGAGUGUUUUGAUACCAUACCGUAAUGGUGGCAUACGGAAAAUCUUGGACUCGCCUUCAUCUUGGCUUCGUCUAAAAUAUCAUUAUGGAUGCGCGCGUUAACCUCGUAAUUAAAUCUUCAUGACAAGUCUUGGUUCUCCAGCUAGUAACACGUUUUUCAAAUAAUAUUUAACUAACUCAAAUAAUAUUUAACUAACUGAAAGUAAACUGGAGAUAACUAAUCGCAUGAAUGAGACGGGUGCGCCAUAUUGGCAAACAUUCCAGCCUUUUAUUCAAAUCUAGUGAUCCGAUCGCUGUACUGUUGACGUUCUAUAAUGCUGGAAAACCCUUGGGCGAGCGCUCAUGCUUUAGCAGCAAAUUCUUGCAGCAUUGGCAGUUUCUCGCCAAG